UUGUCCCACUUAUGCUUGAGGAAAGGCGUUGCCUACUGUGGCACUUGCAUCCAUCUUCACACCAAUUCACAAUGGGUUUCUUCCAUCACCACCACCACAACCCUCCUCCUCCCGGUCCUCAGGGACCCCCUCCUCCAGGCCCCGAGCCUUGGAACCGUCCAGGUGGCCCUCCCGGUCCUCCGCCACCGGGUCCCCCUGGCCCUGGCCAUCAUCACCCUCCCGGACCUCCUCCCGGACCUAGAGAGCCCUGGGACCGCCCUGGUCCUCCUGGCCCCCCUCCUCCGGGUCCCAGGGAUCCUUGGGAUCGCCCUGGCGGCCCCCCAGGCCCUCCUCCCCCGGGACCAAGAGAUCCCUGGGACCGUCCUGGUGGCCCCCCCGGUCCUCCCCCGCCUGGCCCCAGAGACCCCUGGGACCGUCCCGGUGGUCCCCCGGGCCCUCCGCCUCCAGGGCCUAGAGAUCCCUGGGGUCGUCCGGAAGGCCCUCCUGGGCCCCCUCCUGGUCCUAGAGAGCCUUGGGACCGCCCUGGUCCUCCCGGUC